AUGUUGUGUCGGAGUAACGAUAUGGUGAAAGACCGUCGAGUAAGUCCACUCAACUGCCAGUCCUGCGAUGCCCCGGAUGGCGCGGAGGCUGAGAUGAUAGAAUGCAGUGUCUGCAAGCGCUGGGAACACCUCGAAUGUGCAGGUGUCAACGAUAAGGAUGAACUCCAAGAUAACCAAUACAUUUGUAAAACGUGUAUCAGUAAGCAAGGAACAAGUUCCAAAUCACGUCCACUUUCCGCUGUUAACAUACAGCCUGCUCGUGUUACAAGGGCGAGUUCGAAGAAAAGUAAGCAACAAGCAACGUCGGUUGCUAGUGUCUCGUCGAGCGUGCGAGCGACUAUGAUGGAAGCCCAGUUGAAGAUUGCAGAAGAGCAACUUCGUCAUCAGGAGCAAGAGCUGCUUGAGCAGGCAGAGAUGAAAAAGAAGGAACUAGAAGAAUCUGAACGUCAAUUCGAAGAGAAAAAGAAGCUGGCAAUAGAAGAAAAAAUCCUACGCGAACGCAAGUUGAAGGAGGAGAAGGAACUUAAAGUGAUGCAGUCUCAACUGAGGAGAGAGUCGAUGCAAAAGCGGCAGGAAAUUAUUCGGCAAGCAGCAGAAGGUAGUAAAAGUCGAUCGAUUCCGGAUUCCAGUCAAAUUGUGUCUGAUUGGCUCGACCAUCAAACUGGUGCGGAACAUUUAGAUGGGAGUGAACAUUCUUUGAAAAGUAACCACUCACCUCGGCAGCAGUCAGAAUUUUCUGGUGAAUUUGGUAAUAGGGCCAAAUCAACUCCACAAAUCCACACGAAACCUAAUCGGGAUAAUCAACAUGCAUCCAGACAUGAACCCGGCGGUAGACAGGCGACGGAUUCGGUUCCUGCUAUGCUUACACAGCAACACCUCGCUGCGCGCCAAGUACUGGGCAAAGAGUUACCAAUAUUCAGUGGAAAUCCUGAAGACUGGCCCAUCUUUAUCAGCAGCUUCCAGCAGUCUACAAUCGCCUGCGGGUACACGGAUGCAGAAAACCUCAUCCGCCUUCAGAAGUGUUUACGUGGCCGAGCUUUGGAUACGGUUAAGAGCCGAUUGCUUUUACCGUCAGGGGUGUCACAUGUCAUAAAGACUCUGCGCACGCUCUACGGGCGACCCGAACUUUUGAUCCAUUCACUAAUCGACAAGAUUCAUCACGUGUCGGCGCCUAGGCAUGACCGACUAGAUACCUUGAUUGAUUUUGGCAUUUCGGUGCAGAACCUUGUGGACCACCUCGUCGCAGCCGAUCAGAGUGAUCAUCUUUCAAAUCCGGUCUUGAUGCGAGAAUUAGUGGAAAAGUUACCGGGCUCGAUACGACUGGACUGGGUCACCUACAAAAGCCACUUUCGGACAGUAAACCUGGAAACGUUCGGUAAUUUCAUGUCGGGACUAGUAGACGCAGCAAGUGAAGUUACUUUCGACCUACCAGGUUUCGCUAGCAUUCCUAGGUUGGACAAGCGGAAGCAAAAAGAUACAGGGUCUAUUCAUACCCACACUCCUGAUUCAUCAAACCCUUCAACUUCGGGCGGAUCACAUGUAAGCUCAAGCAAACCAGCCAAGCCUUGCGCAUCCUGUGGGCGAGACGGGCACCGGGUAGCAGAUUGUCGGCAGUUCAAGUCGGCCAACUUGGAUGAGCGCUGGAAGCUCGUGCAACAGAAAAACCUGUGCAGAACGUGCCUCAACAGCCACGGCAAAUGGCCCUGUAGGUCAUGGCAAGGUUGCGGAAUAGAAGGGUGUCGGCAAAAACACCACACACUACUUCACUCUUUCCCUGCUUCUGCUGAUGUCAACAUAUCAGCAAGCCAUGUAACAUUUUGUGAGCUCUCGUGGCCGCUCUUCCGCAUCUUACCGGUCACUCUCUUUGGAAAUGGGAAAUCACUAACUGUGUUUGCUUUUAUCGAUGAGGGUUCAUCGUACACACUGAUAGAGGAUUCCGUCGCGGACAAACUUGGUGUUUCGGGUCCGACGAAAGCACUCACUCUUCAAUGGACAGGAAAUGUCAAGCGAAUCGAAACAAAGUCGCGCGUCAUUGAGGCUGAAAUCUCGGGAAAAAAUAAUUCUUCCAGGUACAAACUGGUCCAUGCCCGGACAGUUAGUAGCUUGGUACUGCCAUCUCAGACUCUAAACUACCGUGAACUCUCUCAACGAUUUCCUCACUUGCGCGGCCUCCCAGUAAAUGAUUACGAACUUGUUCAACCAAAGCUUCUGAUCGGGCUUGACAAUCUCAGGCUAUGUGUUCCACUUAAGCUUCGCGAAGGGGGUAAAGAUGAUCCUAUUGGGGCCAAGUGCCGCUUAGGAUGGAGUAUCUACGGGUGUAUUCCAGGUCAAUCAGCCCCCCAAGUUUUCGUCAACUUCCACGUGGCGGCGGCGCCCAGUCAUGAUCAGGAAAUGAACGAGCAAAUGCGCGAUUAUUUCACACUUGAGAGUGCAGGAGUGACCGUUUCAAAUGAAAAGCUAGAGUCUGAAGAAGACAAACGCGCGAAUAGAAUCCUACGUGAGACGACACGACGAACGAUGGAUGGUUCCCGCUUCGAAACGGGAUUGCUCUGGAAGGCGGACGACCCGGCUUUCCCCGACAGCUAUCCAAUGGCUGUUCGGCGGCUGGAAGCUUUGGAACGAAAACUCCAAAAAGAUCCACUGCUGGCUAGACGUGUGCGGGACCAGAUAGCUGACUAUCAGCGCAAAGGCUAUGCGCACAAAGCUUCCCUCGCCGAAUUGACUUCCGUUGACGCUAGUCGCGUCUGGUACCUUCCACUAGGUGUCGGGACCAGUCUAAAAAAGCCGGACAAGGUUAGGCUAAUUUGGGACGCGGCGGCCAAAGUAGGAGAAACCUCCUUCAACUCCAAGCUCCUUAAAGGACCGGAUCUACUGACUCCGCUGCCGAAAGUCCUCUGUCAAUUUCGACAAUUUCCCGUCGCCAUUUGCGGAGAUUUGAUGGAGAUGUUUCACCAGAUAAGAAUACCGUUUCCUGACUGCCAGUCUCAACGGUUUAUAUUCCGUGAUAAGCCCACCGAUUAUCCGCAAGUCUACGUCAUGGACGUGGCCACUUUUGGGUCGACCUGUUCUCCAACCUCGGCCCAAUACGUGAAAAAUCGAAACGCCCAAGAAUUUUCCACGGAAUUCCCUCGAGCUGCUGCGGCAAUUGUCGAUAAGCAUUACGUGGACGACUAUUUGGAUAGCUUCAGAACAAUCGACGAAGCGAUAGAGGUGGUGAAUGAGGUAAAGAUGCUGCACACUAAAGGCGGUUUCACUUUGCGGCACUUCCUGUCCAACAAAGUGGAGGUUCUGCGAGGAAUUGGUGAAGUUGCCGAAGGAGGUAGCAAACACUUGUCGUUAGAAAGAGGAGGAAUAUUUGAGUCGGUACUGGGGAUGAAGUGGCUGCCCAGAGAGGACGUAUUCACUUAUUCUUUCGCGCUGAGAGAUGAUCUUCGAUCGGUACUGGAACAAGGACACAUUCCAUCGAAGCGCGAGGUCGUCAAAGUGGUUAUGACGCUCUUCGAUCCACUAGGGCUGAUCUCGUUCUUUCUCGUUCACGGCAAAAUCCUUAUUCAGGACAUCUGGGCCAGAGGUACAGACUGGGACGAGACUAUAUCCGAAGAUUUAUACGAACGGUGGCAGCAGUGGACGAGUCUUUUUCCAAAACUGGAUAAACUGCGCAUUCCUAGAUGCUACUUUCGAUCUGCAAUCCCAAAAAACACUAACUGUUUGCAGAUGCACAUUUUCUGUGACUCCAGUGAAGCAGCAUACGCUUGCGCAACAUACUUGCGCUUGGAGACAAGCAGUGCGGUAGAAGUGGCACUCAUCGGCUCGAAAACGAAGGUUGCCCCACUUAAGACCCUCUCCAUCCCGCGACUCGAAUUGAAAGCCGCGGUUCUGGGGAUUCGAAUGUUGGAAACUCUUCAAAGCUACCACUCCCAGCUGCCGAUUUCUCAAAGAAUCCUAUGGAGUGAUUCAAGUACCGUGUUAUCCUGGAUUCGGUCCGAUCACCGACGGUACAAUAAGUUCGUUGCCUGUCGAAUAGGGGAAAUCCUAACAGCCACCGAUCCGACGGAGUGGAGGUGGGUCCCCACUAAACUAAACGUCGCCGACCAAGCAACCAAGUGGAAUAGUGGGCCACAACUUUCAACGGAUAAUCCGUGGUUCCGGGGACCAAGUUUCCUCUUCGAUUCUGAAGAAAUGUGGCCAGUCCAACGCCCGAUUACGCCGACAAAAGUAGAACUCCGCUCAGAAAGCAACUUGAUGUGUCACUUCACAACACGUGUGAACGUUCCGAUUAAGAUUUCCCGUUUCAACUCGUGGACGAAGCUACAACGAACGGUCGCAUUCGUAUUCCGCUACGUGGACAACUACUGCCGGAGCAAGAAACAGAAACCAUUGCAGCGAGGAGCCCUCACCCAAGAUGAACUGAAACGUGCCGAAGAGCUUCUGUGGAAGAUCGCUCAGAAAGAAGCCUAUCCAGAAGAACUGUCUAUCCUUGUUGAGUCGCAGGGACCACCGGAAAAACGCCACCGCAGCGUUCACAAAUCCAGCCCGAUCUACAAAACAUGGCCCUUUCUAGACGACCGUGGGAUCCUGAGAAUGCGCGGCAGAAUCGGUGCUGCCCCUUACAUACCAACCGAAGCUAAGUUUCCUGCAAUCCUUCCAAAAGCUCAUCCAAUAACGUUCCUCAUCGUAGAUUGGUUCCAUCGCCGCUUCCGCCACGCCAACCGCGAGACUGUCGUCAACGAAAUUCGCCAGAAAUUCGAGGUCCCUAAACUUAGAUCGUUGGUUGAAAAAGUCAUGAAAAGCUGCAUUUGGUGCCGGGUAGUUAAAGCUGCUCCAAGGCCUCCUGUCAUGGCCCCGUUACCCAAGAUGCGUCUAACCCCUUUUCUGCGUGCCUUCACAUAUGUUGGACUAGAUUAUUUUGGACCAGUUUACGCCAAAGUCGGUAGGAGCCUCGCCAAGCGUUGGGUCGCCCUAUUCACCUGCCUCACGAUUAGGGCAGUUCAUAUGGAAGUGGUACACUCCCUUAGCACGGAAUCGUGCAUAAUGGCCGUGCGCCGCUUUGUGUCUCGCCGUGGACCUCCGAGAGAAUUUUACACGGACAACGGCACAUGUUUCCAAGGCGCAAGUCGGGAGCUCAAAGAGGAAAUCGAUCGGAGAAAUCAUGCCUUAGCCGGGACAUUCACAAGUGCAGAAACAAGUUGGAAAUUCAUCCCACCGGCUGCGCCCCAUAUGGGGGGUGCAUGGGAGAGGCUUGUCCGAUCGGUCAAAGUUGCAACUGGGGCAGUUUUGGAAUCAGCUCGCAAACCAGAUGACGAAACACUGGAAACUGUCAUUCUUGAAGCAGAGGCUAUGAUCAAUUGCAGGCCACUCACAUUCAUACCGCUUGAGUCGGCCGAUCAAGAGGCACUAACGCCAAAUCAUUUUUUGCUGGGCAGUUCCUCCGGGGUCAAAUUACUUCCUAUGACCCCAGUGGAUAAUCGAUCCACGCUCAGAAGCAACUGGAAACUGGCUCAGUGCAUCUGUGAUGAGUUCUGGCGACGAUGGGUGAAGGAAUACUUACCAGUCAUCACCCGUAGGUGUAAGUGGUUCGAGGAGUCCGAGAAUCUGGCAGUUGGUGAUCUAGUGUUUGUGGUUGGUGGGUCGGCGAGGAACCAAUGGCUACGAGGGCGGAUCGAGAAAGUGUUCCCGGGGAAGGACGGAAGAGUUCGUCAAGCGUUGGUGAGGACUUCAACGGGGGUUAUUCGACGACCAGCUGUAAAGUUAGCUGUUUUGGACGUCACCGAUGGUGGCAAACCUAGUCUAGUAGAUUCCGGAUAUCCAGAAGGUAACCAAGGUUUACGGGCGGGGGUAUGUGGUGACGAACCCCCCGUUGCAGCAGCGCUGUCCAAACGCAACGCUUCUACUGACCAUCGCUGA